GUUCAUAGCUGCUCCUGAUUUCUUGGCGAAAUUUGGUGCUCAUUGGAAGCUUGCCUUAGACUAUUGAAGAUCAGUUUACCUAUGCAAGAUUUACUCGUCUGACUUAUGCGAGUUUUUAUUUUUCUUAUGAAAUGCAAUAUAUUGCAAUUAAAAUAUUUUCCAAUUUAAACUAUUCAAAUUGUAUUUUCACGUUUAUACCGGAAGAAAACGUCAUUGAUAAGUGAAGAUUCUCACGGACUACCGACGGCCAUAUCCUGCAAUAAUGUCAACCGGCAAACGGUUAGCAAAACGUUCCAUUUUAGGUACACGAGUUGCGUGUUGCUUGCCUGAUGGGAAAUUCUACCCGGCUGUGAUAGUCGACGUUCGUUCUCGUUCUCCAGAAGACUUACGUUCGUCCGUUUACAAAGUGCGCGUUGAAGGCGAACGCAAAAUACACGAAGUGAGUGAGAGUGAGUUGGUUGGUAGUGGAUUCUCGCCGGUUAGUGCCAUAAAGUUGCGCUCGGGCCAAAAGGUUUACGUUACGCAUAACAACAGAGAAGUCAGUGCAUCUGUUGUCAGCCAUACCCCUGAGACUGAUGAGGUCAUCCUAAUGCUCGCCGGCACUGAGACGCCCCCCAGUCCCCCCGAGGAGGUGCACAAGAGGCUGGAGGAGGUCCGCCUCCUCGAGUCCCGCAAGUCGGCCCGUCUCGCGGACAGCGACACGGACUUCGCGAAGCUCGCGGACGUCGCGACGGACAGAAAACGUCCGCCGGGUGGCCCGUCCUCGGGCCGAUCGUCGCCCGCGACGGGCCACCAGCCCGCCAACGUCGGCACGUCGUCCAACAUUGACGUGCCAGGGUCGUCCCCUAUCCCCAUGGGGUCCCGCAAGCGCCGCAGUUCGCGCUGUGGUGAGGAGGACACGAUGGAUGAGUGCGCCGCGGCUCUCGUACUCAUGAAGCUCUCCUGCUCCCCGCGCUCUGCCUUACUCAGCGAGGCUCUGGUGACGUACGACGUGGCUGGCAACGCUUCGUCCACAUCAUCGUCAGGCGUGUGGUCCUGGGCACCACACCACAACUCACCAUACUCACCACACCACAACUCACCACUCUCACCACACCACAAUGUGGGGAGGUCUGCCACCCCCUCACCCCCCCUCUCUGACCCCUCACCCGCCCCCACCGACGACGGCAUCGAACUCGACGACUCGUCGGGACACGAAGACGAGUCGGCACCCAGGAAACGUAGGGGGAGUGGCACCUGGGCUGGGGGAGUGGCACCUGGGCUGGGGGAGUGGCACCUGGGCUGGGGGAGUGGCACCUGGGCUGGGGGAGUGUCACCUGGGCUGGGGGAGUGUCACCUGGGCUGGGGGAGUGUCACCUGGGCUGGGGGAGCGUCAGCUGGGCCAAUUGAUAGACAGAGGGAGUGCCGGCUGCUGGACAGGUGGGUAGAGGAAGUGCCAACUGAGUAUGGAAAGUGCCACCUGGACAGUCAGAGUGCCGGCAGUCAGUCUAGGGAAGUGCCACAUGGCAGGGCCACCUGGCAGAGCAGGAGCCAUCUGGACAGGGCUAGUGCCAGCUGCUGGAACGUUGGGGGUAUUUAG